UUUAAAAACAGUCCCAUCUGAGACAUUGUGUGAAUUACAUGUCCUGAGGAAGCGAGGUCCCACCACCAAUCGAAGUAAACUGUGAGGAAUUAUAAUAGAAUCGAAACACGAUUUAUUCGAAGUGAGUGGCCAAAGUUUGAAAGUGCAACUAAGGGAAAAAAAGGUUUUUGGUUUUGGUUUGGUGAGAGAGGAUAUUCAGUGCUCUAGAGUGCAUGCCUUGUGCCGCGGGAAGACACAGGUUUCUUCAAGAUCUUGAUCAUCUGUGUACGCAUGUCAGGCUUGGUGCGUUGAAUUUUUACAGUGAUAAGAGUGUUCGGGAAAAAUUUGGCCCUAUUGAUGGAUUAGAACAUCCCUGAAGGGAUUGGCAAGCGAAAAAAGUGAAGAAGUGAACGAUUGUUAAGACCGCACCCCCCCACCACCCAACUAUCCAAGGAAUACUCGGCGGGAAUCCGAAGUGGAAUCUCCUAGUGAACCGCAGAUGCAUCUACCGGCUAGCAGCGAGUGCCAAAGUCCACCGGUUUCCAACAGCAACAUGACCGAUAUGUUCUCGAACCUGCACGACAUGCUGCAGGAAUAUCACGGCGAACUGGUCCAGACCGGAUCACCGGCGGUACUCUGUUCGGCACUGCCGACGCACUGGCGCUCCAACAAGAGUUUGCCGUGUGCCUUCAAAGUGAUCGCCCUGGACGACAUUCAGGACGGUACGCUGGUGACGAUCAAAGCCGGCAACGACGAGAACUACCACGGCGAACUGCGUAACGCGACGGCCGUCAUGAAGAGCCAGGUCGCCAAAUUCAACGAUCUACGCUUUGUGGGCCGCUCCGGACGGGGCAAGUCGUUCUCGAUCACCAUCAUCAUCAGUUCGUAUCCCUGUCAGGUCGCCACCUACACCAAAGCCAUCAAAGUGACGGUCGACGGUCCGCGGGAACCCCGCUCCAAGCAAAAUUUCGCCUACGGUCAUCCGGGUGCAUUUAAUCCGUUUAUGCUGAAUGCGGGUUGGUUGGAUGCGGCCUACAUGAACUACGCCUGGUCCGACUACUUCCGGCAGCAGCAGCAACAACUGCAAGCCCAACAACAACAACAACCGCAACCACAACCACAAGGUCAAACCAAUCCCAUAGGUCCAGUAGGCGUUGCGAAAGGAUCUCCAACGUUACCGAAGCCAAACGGAACAACCGGACCGAUGCUACCGACACCACCGGCCGAAUUUCUACCCCUGCCCCCAGGCGGCCAGAACGGCACAGUUCUGCCGAACGGUGGACCGGUUCUGCCCAACGGUGCCACCUACCUGACGCAGUUUCCGUUCGGACCGCAUGCCGAUCUGCACCUGAAAUCUCCAUUCCUGCCUUACGACAUCUCGCCACUCCGUGCCAACGGACUGCGAAAUGGGCCCCAUCAGCUGGCGGCCGCCGCCGCCGCCACCACACUCACCAUUCCCCCGAACGACUUCAUCUCGUCGUCCCGGCUAUCGCCGGCAUCCUCGCGCAACUCGAACUCCUCACCGCCGGCAUCGAUCAAUCAAUCGUACAGCAGCAAACUGGUUAGCCCUCCGCUGGAACUGAACUCCACCAACGAACAUUCGUCCUCUGCCGAUGAAUCCGACGACGAACACAUCGACGUCGUGAAGUCCGCUUUCGUGCCGAUCCUGCGACCGCUGCCAACGUCGUCGGCCGACUCCGACGCACUGAUGAACGGCCCGCUCAAAUCGGAAACGCCCGAUUCGACGACCACCACCAGCUCACCGAAGACCCGCUGUGAUCUGAAGGCUCCGUCCUCGAAGAAACCACAACUGCACGAGAUCGCCCCGAGCGAACCGGCUUCGCCGGAAAGCACCAAACUGUCCUCACCGAACAUCAUCCUAAAGCAAUCGGCCAAAAGCGUGUGGCGGCCCUAUUGAGAAUAUCUACUGAUUGGCCAGAUGGCGGCAGCGAUCAGGGCAGCGGCAACGGCAACGGCGACGGUGGCUUCCCAACCCGGGAAGUAGUAGUGCUAAAUCUAUAAUAAUAGACUAAUUAGUUCAGAUCUGGUGAUAUUAAUGUUAAUGAUAAUCGGUGAUGUUAGCAACUAGUGAUAGGUUCAGAUGUAAAUAGCAACCAGCAUUGUGUGGUUUAUUGCGUUCGAAGCCGAUACCGGAAGAUUCCUGCUUCAGGCGGCGGGAAUCGAAUCGAAAGAAGAAAAAAAAACAGUUUGUAAAUACAACAACAAGGGUCAGGCUCUCAUUCGAAAUGUUUUCUGUUGAAAAUCGGUAAUUGGAGUUGUGAUAGACUCGAAACAAAAAAUUUUAUAUUUGGCUCUGCUCCUUAUAUCUAUUCUAUAAUGUAUAUAGAACUAGUUAUCUAGAGAUUCUUAUUUUAUUUUAACUUUAGUUUAGCCAACAAAAGCGAGAAACAGGUACGAUUUUAUAGUACAAAGCGGUAUUUAAUUAGAGCGACACUGGAUUAUGUCAAUCGAAGAAAAAUAAAAGUUUUUAAAAAAGCAUCAACAACAAAA